GAGCUCAGCUGCUGCGGGGCUGCAUGCACAGUCCCUCUGAAGGAAUGCUCGCUAUUUCAGGCCACUGAGGUCGGUUUUCUGACGGCGCGCGUGCUGUGAUGAAGAGUCGGUGAACCGGGACCCGGAGCUGGCCCUCAGUGAUGAUGAGUCGCGCGCUCAGUCGGCGGAGAGGAAGUUGUUCAGGGAGCGCGCGGUGUUUCUGCUCAGCGGCCCGUUAACGGCACACACGCACCGUCAUGGGCCAAACGUCAGUGUCCAGCCUGUCUCACGGAACCGGCGUGGAGGGACUGGAAAAAUCUUCUCUGGCCAACUGUGAUGUGGUAGUUGGAGGUUCCCAGUCCUCUCAAUUGAAAGGGAAGGGGAAACUGUCCUCUCUAGGCAAAAUCUUCAAACCUUGGAAGUGGCGGAAGAAAAGAACCAGUGAUAAGUUCCAGGAUCUCUCCAAAGUUUUAGAGAGGAAAAUUUCCACCAGACAAACCCGUGAGGAACUCAUCAGGAAAGGGGUUCUUAUUCCAGACCAAGAGGAUGCAGUGAGCACAGGGACUCUAAAUGGACAUGCACUUCCCAGUGGAACUACAGAAGAGGUCAAAGUGGACAUUGAGUCCCCAGAAACUCCAGCUGAGGAGAAGACUGUGAUUACGCCAGAGGCUGAUGGCACAGAAGAGUGCUCUGGUCCCGUCUCUGCUCCUGUAAAAAAGAAAGAAAACACAUGCAGCCCACAGGCCAACGCAUCUGGAGUUCAGAGACCCGCUGUUAAAAAGCAACAGGCCACAUCCAGCAAGGCCUUGAGUGGGGCGACAUGUGCAGGGGUGAGGAAGGAUGCCAAGACAGGGGUUAAAAAGGUACAGAAGGGCACAAGUAAACAAUCUUCCGCUUCUCCAUCCAAACAAAAUUCACGAGCCACAGCUCAUGCUAAAUCCACCACUCCUAAGAAAACUGCUGGCUCGUCUAAGAGUUCCUCUCCGGCUUCUUCAACAACAAGUGUGAAGAACCUCAAAGAUGGCGCCUCUGAAUUGACUCCAGCAGAGAGUAAGACUGGAAAGAAAGCCAGAUCACCUCAGCCCCGUCCCAAAGUCUCGGCUGGGUCUGAAAACCCAGCUGAAGGCAACUCUUCCACUAAAGACCAAAGACAUAGCCACCUGGCCUCCGGUGCUGAUGGGAAGUCUGUUAAGGAGACGUCUCAGGUUGGUGAAGGUGCUAAGAAACAGCCAGAAUCGUCGGUGCCGGACAGAAGUCAUCCGCAUGUAAACAAAACUACAGAAGAGACGUCAUUUACAGAAAGCACCGCUUCCUCAGACACACCAGGAGAGAAUCAGAGCACAGAGAAAACAACCGAGGACCCGAGGACUGGAGCAGAUGGAGACCAACAAUCUGAGGGAAGCAGGAAACCACAGGGUGUCAAUGUGGAAAGUCCAGAAGUGAGCAUUAUCCCUAAUGCUGUUAGAGAGACAGCAGCUAGUGACUCAGACUCGGACGGGCCCAUACUCUAUAAAGAUGAAGAAGAGGAGGAUGAAGACGAUGAGUACACCUCCAGCUCCCUUGCCAGUAAAAUCCGCCGCAGAGACACGCUUGCCGUCAAACUCGGCAACAGGCCCAGCAAGAAAGAGCUGGAAGAGAAGAAUAUCCUUCCGAGGACGUCAGAGAUGGAGAGACAGGAACUGCGGCAGCAGAUAGGCUGUAAACUAGUGAGGCGACUCAGCCAGAGGCCCACCACUGAAGAGCUGGAGCAGAGGAACAUCCUGAAACAGAAGAAUGAGGAAGAGGAGCACGAAGCCAAGCAAGAAAUUAAAAGACGGCUUUCUCGGAAGCUGAGUGUCCGGCCCACAGUUGCGGAGUUAGUAGCACGGAGGAUCUUGCGGUUUAAUGAGUAUGUAGAGGUGACCGAGGCAAAAGACUAUGAUCGGCGUGCUGACAAGCCCUGGACCCGGCUGACACCUGCGGACAAAGCUGCUAUACGCAAGGAACUUAACGAGUUUAAAAGCAAAGAAAUGGAGGUUCAUGAAGAGAGUAAACAAUUUACCAGGUUCCAUCGUCCCUGAGAGGCUGGAAUGGCGCCCGCACCUCCACCUCACCCUUCCACCCCCUCUCUUCCGGUUCCUUCACUUCAUUUUCCACUGUGGGGCCAAAAGACAAGCUCCAUGUCACACAUUGAGACAUUCUGCUCAUUGUGUUUCUAAUCAUCAUCUAAUACUUGGUUGAAAUACAGGACAGCUGAAAUGCCAGUGAGAGAGACGUCUGUGCAAGAACAAACAUGAACAGGUGCCUUGCUGUCUCCCUGGCUUUGUUUGCACACACUAAGGACAAGAAGGGUUAUUUUUUUUUGGAAUAUGAAGGAUUCCCAGUAUGCCUCAGGACAUACGUACAGUGACACAUGCAGUAAUUUAUCAACACAUCAUUCUGUAAGUCUUUGUGCUGAGGACAUGGCUUUUUUUUUUUUAAACAUAUGACUGAUUUUAUAACAGUGUUACACCAUGAACUCCAAUAUUACUUGUGAAUAUUCAUGCAUGUGAAAAAAGCAUUUUAAGAAUUAUAGUCACCCAUUGAACUUGUUGAAUUCCAAAUGUUAAUUCAUGUUGUUAUGAUGAUGGUGAUUAGCAGCUGGAAAGGAAAUUAGAUUUGCUUUGUGCCUUUAUCAGUUCCAUCCAAUAAGCUGUUUCGAGUAUUGGCUCCAUUCGAGCAUACGUGGUGCAGACGGUCUUUUAGUUUUCAUAGCUUUACGGUCUUGUAGUUGUUAUCUGCAUUGAUUUGGCCUUUGGGAAAAAUGACGUUAUAAAUGCUGUAUUGCCUAGAACAAGGGCUGCAUCAUCACACCAUUAUACCAUUUUGGAUUAUGGGUAAUCCUUAACCAUUCAAGAUGCUGGUUUUACACAGAUGAUCACGUUUUUGCAUAUGUAUUUGAUUUUUAGUGUUCUAUUUGGGUUUUCUCCACAAAUGCAGCCUCAUCUCAUUUCACUUCUGCACCAUUGCAUCCAAAUGGGUGAAAAACUCCAGAUCUGUUUUGCUGCUGCAAGUGGAGCCAUACUGCAUUACAGUCUGAUAUGCUGUGGGAUCAAACUUUUUACGUUACUUUUACAGGGUGAUAUUACCACAAAUGUACAUCUGUGAGAGGCUGGGAGUAUUAUUUUGUCAUUGGAAACAGAUAUCAUGGAGAAAUUAUUUAAAUUAUUUUUAAUCAGUCGUUGUACAGAAUGUGCAUAUAAUACAUAUGAAUACAUCCAAUAUGCUGUAAAGUG